UGAGGCUCGCCCGUUCAUCUCCACCGUCCACCCCACGUUUCCCCUCUCCCCCGAAGAUUCGGGCUCAAACCCCACCUCUCGCCGUCGACGACCGCCGCUGAUGACCACCUCCGGCGCUCCCACGCCUCCACGCUUCAAGCGCUCAUCCCUCAGGAAGAAGCAGCAGCUCCGCAGCCGCCGUCUCGCCGCCGAUGCUGCGGGGGCGUCGGCGUCGGCGUUGGCGAGACAACCAGUCCCAGCUUCGCCGGUGACAAACGCGGUGCCGCAUAUUGGGCGCGUAGUGCCGCGUGAAUUCUUCCAGGUGGACGCGCUCGACCUCGCGCCCCGCCUCCUCGGCAAGCUCCUGCGCCGCGACGAAGUCGUCCUCCGCAUCACCGAGGUGGAAGCCUACAGGUCAAAUGAUUCCGCAUGCCACGGCCGGUUUGGCAUCACGGCCAGGACCGCUCCAGUGUUUGGACCGGGAGGGCAUGCAUAUGUGUAUCUAUGCUACGGACUCCACAUGAUGCUCAAUGUUGUUGCAGACAAGGAGGGUGUUGGUGCUGCUGUUUUGAUCCGGUCCUGUGCUCCAGUUAGCGGACUUGAGACAAUUCAGCAGCGUCGAGGUCAACAAACAGAGAAACCAGUCCUACUUUCAGGGCCAGGAAAGGUUGGGCAAGCUCUGGGCCUUUCCACGGAUUGGUCGCACCAUCCUCUUUACACACCUGGCGGGUUGGAAGUACUGGACGGGCCAGAGCCGGAGAGCAUAUUGGUCGGUCCCCGUGUCGGCAUCGAAUACGCAUCUCCCGAGCAUGUCGCGGCGCCGUGGAGGUUCGCUGUUGCCGGCACGUCAUGGAUCAGCGCCCCAAAGAAUACUCUCAGGCCACGCUGAAGACCAAGACCAGUUGGUAGCACGCGAAAGCAUACGGGUGAGCUUUCCAAUGUUUGACCGCAAAGAGCGGGAGUCCAAUCCCUGUUUCAAGUUUCAACCCGAACUGCUCAUUUGUUUGUAUUUGUUUUUUGUUCGGGACAAAGGGCGCCUGCCCAAAUCGCUCGUGUAUAAUUUUUAGGGGAAUCGCUCGUGUCAAUGCAUCGUUAUCUUUUUAUUUAGAAACAUCAGUACAACGCUCUAUGCGUACAUACAUACUUAUAUUA